AUGCCACUAACUGAAACAGAAAGAACAGGAAUAAUUGACAUUAUUAGUAUAAUGGAUAAGGAAGAUAGGCGCUCUCUUGCUAGAACUGUCCUCAACAAAUUAUUCACGUUUGAAAUCGAAGAUGAAACAAUUUCAGCCAUUUUGACCUACACAUCAAAUCCUGUGGAUUUUUUCAAAAGAAAAAAAGUGAAGAAAGAAGUGAUUUUCAAAUACGCUGUCAGUAAAAAAGUUCCUACUAUAAAACCAAGUUUUUCUCGACUGGGCCUAGUUAUAGCUGUGCUAAAGUAUUGGGGGUCAUUAUAUUCUGAUGAGCAAUUGAAGGAGGAUAGACAAGUUAUUGUUAGUGAAAUUUUGUGGUUUCUUUUUAAAAAUAAGAACCAUCUAGACGAUGAAAAAUUCAAGAAUGAAGCGUCGGAUUUUUUUAGUGAUGAAGAAAUUAAAGACGGAAUAAAAAAUCUGUCAGUUGAACUGAGUAAAUUAUCUGGAAAAUCUACUGCUAAAAGUAACUUAAAAGGUGGCAAUAUUGAUGAAUUAAUUAAUUUAGUGAAACUAACUUUUAGCGAGGAGUUAUCAUCAUUCAUGCCAAUGUUCACUAUUUUCAAUAUUGAGCGUGUUCCAAUUGAUUUAGCUAAAAAUUUUAACAAGUCUAUUGAGGAAAGUUUAACAAUGUUAAACGUAAAAGUUGAAAAAAAUUGUACGCUUAUCGAACAACUAAACGAAAGAUUUGAUAAAGCUUACGGCCCACAUGUCCAUUCUCAGCCAGACGAUACAAUUUAUUAUGAAGUUAAACAAGAAAGUAAAUCAAUUAGUAAUAUUCCGCCAAAAAUCUGA